AUCAGGUAUCAUGGCGGCUCAGUGUAAAGUUGUCUGUAUGAGCGCUUCGUUAAACGCGCUUUACUCUUCUAGACGGAAGUCAUUCAARCAUGAAAAGACAAGAUGAGAGAGCCUGAAUUAUUUCAAUUCCCAAUAUAUUCACCAUUUAAAAUYGUUAUCCUGUUGGCGUAAAAUUGCAAGAUAUAAACCCAGUGCACUUGGAACAUUAGUAUUUGUUAUUUGGAAACUUUUGGAGCUAUUUGGAAAACAUGUAAAAUGAAUUAAUUGCAGCUGAAGACUGCUUACUAGGUGUUGAAAUUGGAUCCAAAUCCCAAGCGUUUCAUAUUAUUACAAAAUAUAUAUUAUAAAAACUAUAGCGAAUCUAGGGAAAGCGUUUUAUAUAUUUUCAUUUGCGGAGUAUUAAAUAUUACAGUGUAUAAAGUAUUGUAGUCACCAUGGCAACCGAUGCUAGUUGGAAGAGUUACAAUAAUGGCUAUAAUGAAAGAAGGGAUCGUAGCAAAUCCUAUGAGGAUUAUGGCAGCUAUCGCAGUUAUUCAUYGCCGAGAUCAAAAGACAGAAGUCCAUCCCAAGGACAGUUCCACAGGUCCUUUAGUGAAAGGCAAGAAAGGGACAUAGGGUUUGGUGACAGAGAGACUGGAUUUGUGGAAAAGCUUUUGCACUCAUAUGGAUUCAUCCAGUGCUGUGAGAGGGACAUGAGGAUAUUCUUCCAUUACAGUCAGUUCAGAAGAGACAUAGAUGAACUCAAUGUUGGAGAUGAAGUGGAGUUUGAUGUGUCAUGUGACCCACGGUCCAAGAAGCCAGUUGCUGUUAACAUUAGGCAGCUCCCCCCUGGAUCAGCAUCAUUUGAGAUAGUUGGAGAGGACAAGGUAACUGGUAUCAUAGAUGCUGAACCAAAAACCCAGCUGAGAUCUGGAAGAUCACCCUGCAAUGGUUACACGGAGCCAGAGGGAGGCCGUAUCUGUUAUGAAAGGAAAGGGGAAAUUUUCUACUUGAACUUUUCCCUUAGUGAUUGUGUUAAUGCAGCAAUACCCCUUCAUGUGGGAGAUAAAGUCCAGUUUGUGGUUGCAACUGACAAGAGGAAUGGUAUUGUUAGAGCUAAACAUGUGGAGUUAAAGGAGACUGCUAAGACAGAAAAGUAUCAAGGAGUUGUGUCAUCCAUGAAAGAGUCAUUUGGAUUCAUUGAAAGAGCAGAUAAAGUUAGUGAGAUUUUCUUCCACUACAGCGAGUUCAAUGGAGACAUUGAUGAGCUGAUGCUGGGAGAUGAUGUGGAAUUCACUAUCCAACCUAGAAAUAGCAAAGAGGUAGCUGUGCGAGUGGAGAAGCUGCCAGAAGGAACCGUCACGUUCGAAGACAUCAGCGAAGAAACCUACACUGGCACUGUAGAUAAAGCUUUGAGCAAGUCUGUUGCUAAGCGACAGCACGACCCCCUGCAUGGAAAGAUCAUCUACGAAGAUGAACAAGGCCCCAACCAGGAGAUUGUGUUCAGUGAGAGAGACCUCCAUGGAGAAUUCACUCUGAGACCCAAGGAUGUUGUGCAGUUUAAUAUUGCAGUUGACCGCCGUGAUUUCCUGAAAAGAGCAACCAACAUCACCUUGGUUAAAGUUGCUGAUCCUCAAAAUGGAGAGCAGAGAGAGAUGGGUUGGGUCACUGCCCUCAAGGAAGGCUUCGGAUUCAUCCGUUGCUGUGAUCGUGAUGCUAGGAUGUUCUUCCAUUACAGCGAACUCAUUGAUUCUGAUAUGUCACCAUCAAAGAGGCUAAAUGCUAUCAGAGUCAGAAUUCUACCUAAGGGAACCAUCAAGACUGAGGCAUCUGAUGGAGCUAGACACAAAGGCUAUGUUGAUAGAGAGCCAUCCUUUGUUGGAAAAAGCCCCAGAAAACAGGAGAACAACAGGGAUAGUGAGUCUGGACUGAUAACCUAUGAAGUGAACGGCAAGAAGGAGACAGUGUCCUUUGACUGGCAGACUGACCCCAGGAAAACUGCCCAGUUUGGAGACCUUGUUGAAUUCAGUGUAGUCGAGAGCAAUAGAACAGGGUAUUGCAGAGCUGUGAAUAUAGAGGUGCUGAAGAAGAACUCGGACAUAGUCCAUCAGGGUUUUGUGGCAACUCUGAAGGAGAACUAUGGGUUCUUGGAGACGGCCGAUCAUGACAAGGAAGUGUUCUUUCACUACAGUGAGUUUGAUGACGAUCCAAAUGAACUCCAAAUUGGUGACGAGGUGCAGUACACUAUCAAAAUGAAGAGCUUCAAAGUCAGUGCCGAAGGGAUUGUCAAGCUGCCUAAGGGGACCAUCCCUCGGGAGGACAUUCAACCAGAAAUAUAUGACGGGAAGGUUGUGAGACCUUUGAGGCGAGCUGACCCUCAGCAAAUGGAAUAUGCAGGCCUGAUAGAACAGUGUUUCCCAGACGAGCAGGAGAAUGGUAAUGAAGAAAACGAGAAACCUCUUCCCCAGCCUUUCACCAUUGAAUAUGGCAUCACUAGUAUCAUAGACAAGAAGACUGUGCUCCAGUGUGGAGACAAGAGUGGCUCUUCUUCCACUGGAUUCCAUGCCAUUGAUGUGCGUCGAAUCAGUGAAUCUCAGAGGCCAGAACGUCUGCAGUUGAAGCUGUCCAAGUCCAUGUCAGAGGAAAAUGGAAAAGAAAAGUUUGAGGUAAUCCGUAAACCACAUGGUCCAGAUGGUACCCCAGGAUUCAAUUACAUCAGAACUCUGAAGGUCAUGCCUCAGGUCCCCAACUCUGCCUCACAACCGCAGGAAGACCAAACCUUUGUAUCCAAAGCAGCUGAGGAGGAUACCAGCAAUGGGAACAUACUUGAAGACCUUGUAGCAAAAAUAUGUGAUUAGGACUUAUAAACGAAGCUAUGAUUGCUUGAUGAUAGGCUUAGAAAUGGAUUUUGAUUGGUUUAGAAAUGUUAGCAUGUGAUUGGUUAAAGCCAAUAAGAGGGUUUUUCUAAUUGGAUGAUACUAGCUUGUCUGCCAUUGAUAAAGAAUUGAAGGACUCUGAUUGGUUGUAAAGGAAUAGCUGUUACUGGGCAUGCUCAUACCUUUUUUACUUAAUUCAGUAGAUUUUGUUUCUUUUUUGGUUUUGUUUCUUAUAAUCAUUCAUUUUCCCCUGUCCUAGUAUAUUAUUUUUCAUAUUUUUCCUUAUAUAAUAAAUGUGUUUGUGUGUAACUUCUGUGACUAUGUAAUAAACCAGCAUAAAAUUAUA